GAAUUCUUGCAAGGUGGCAUUAAAUGCGUUGAAUAAAUUGCGAGUCGCAGGUGUUUAAACUUUGAGCAAUUUUUGUAAUGUGUUUAAAAACAGAGACGCAGUUAAGUUCGACCUAACCUCACGAUGUAGACGCACGCGCUACAUCGCUCGAGAAAACAAAACCAGUAAAACGCAGAGACAGAUUCUUGUCAAGUGUGGUUAAGUGCAUCCAAAUAAAUGGUCGUGCUUUCUGCAACUACUGACCAUGGUUAAAAGCUGAUUAAGGUCGAUCAGUGCCGAAUGUGGCACUCAGUGACGAGGACACUGUGAACGGCAUCCUGAACUAUAAUUUUUAGAAUCAUGGAUUUCGAGAGUCCAGAUGUCGAGAAGGAGUUCCCAGGAUUGUAUGCUUCCGACUCGGCAAGGAGAAGCAACGAAAGUGAUUACAGCGACGAAGGGGGGCAUGAGAAGCACUCGAAGAAGGAACUGCUCGGGGGGAAGCGAAAGGAGAAAAAGGAACCGAAGGACAGAGGAUACGCGACUCUGGAAGGGGAAAGUUCACCCGACGAAGAUCAAGAGACAAAGAGUCCGUCAAAGUCAAAGAAAUCAAAAACAUUCAAAUUCCCAUCGAAGAAGGAAAAGCGGGAGAAGUCCAGGGAAAAGGAUGGAAAAGAAAAGGAACUAGAGAAGGAAAAGGAAAAGCGGAAAAAGGAGAAGGACGAAAAGGAUGCAGACAAAGAGAAGCGGAAAACUGAAAAAACUAAGUUCAAGCUGAAGGAAAAAAAAAAGGGGAAACAUGGGGAAGAAGAAGGUUUAGACAUCGGUGAUGAACAACCAAUUUUUGGAGUCAGUUUACACUUGGCAGUAGAAAGAAGUCGAUGUCACGAUGGCGUAGAACUACCUUUAGUCGUACGAGAUUGCAUCGAUUACGUGGAAGAACAUGGUAUGAAUGUCGAAGGCUUGUACAAAGUCUCGGGAGUUAAAUCGAAAGUACAAGCUCUGAAAAAACUGUACCACCAACGCGAAUCGGUCAACAUGUCAGAGUUUGAACCUACAGUAGCUACCAGUUUGUUAAUAUUGUUUUUGAGGGAAUUACCGGAACCAGUGUUAGAGAACAGUGAGUUAACGUCUCGAUUCGAGCAAGCAGCAUCGACGAAGGAGGUUGCUCAGAGGGAAGCCCAGCUGAUUCGCUUGACCCAACAACUACCGGAAUGUAAUCAAGUUCUCCUCGCUUGGGUCAUUUUGCAUCUGGACCACGUAACGACCUGUGAGAAAAGUACGAAGAUGAACGCGCAAACAAUCGCAAUGACGUUGAGCCCAGUGCUACAAAUGAGCCAUCGGUUGCUUCUCGCCCUCUUGUUCCACUGUAAAGCUCUCUUCCCAACGGUUAAGCUGACAAAAUAUGUGCCACCGCUCUCAGCAGGCAGUCUGAGUCUGCCAGAGACUGCGGAAGCCAUCGCUGCGGAGUUGGCCAAACAGGAGUCACUGCUUUCGCAGAUUCACAUGCAAAUGAAUGCAGGAUUUGUCACAAAAUCUAGGGAAGAACAACUGUGGGAAGUUCAACGUAUGAUCACCCAACUAAAGAGGAAAUACAAAACAGUUCAGAAGCUUGAAGGAGCAUCGCAGAAAACUGUGGAUGACGAAGUCAAGUCUAGCGACGAGAACCAAACUGAUAAUUUAUCGAAAGCUAAAGUGACUUCGGAGUCCGAAGUGGGUCAAUCAAAAACAGAGCCACGUAAACUGUCAUCGGUGGUUCCAGCUACCAAAAACGACAACCAAUUGCGGCCUUCGGAAGAAACUAAAGAUGACACGACAUCGUUGUGUUCCUUGCCCCCACCAAAGUCCAACGAAGAGACUAAAAAAGUGAGACGAGCAGUUUCCAACAGCAAAGACACCGUAGACUCUUCGGAGCCUUCAUUGACUUCUUCGAACCCCACUGCGGAGGAAACUACAGAAGCAUUGGACAAACGCCUUAAAGAAGAUACUCCAGAAGAAGACGAUCCCACGGAGAAGCUUCGGGAAAUCUUAAUCUAUCGAGAACUAGUGAAGAUGCAGGAAUCGAUGAAAAUGCGAAUCGUUCAGGAAAAAAACGAGAUCAGGAGAUUAGUUGACGCUUUGGCGGAAAAGGGUCCUGAAAAAUACGAGCCUCAAGAGAGGGUACACUCUCCAAAUGACGCGGAAAUAACGGCGAUGAUUCUACUAAACAAGGAAAAUCAAUUACUGGAGAAAAAAAUGGCAACUCUUAUACGCAGUAUUAUCGAAGAAAAAGACGCCUGUGUGGAGCUACGUGUCCAGUUGGCGAUGCACCAACUGAAUCUGGUUAAUGGCAUCAAGAAUAUUUAAUAUCGUAACAACUGCCUUCAAUGAAAGAAUGAAGAUUGUGGAUCUUUUCGCCCUCAAUGGAAAUAAAGACGUUAUACUAUAUAAUUUAUAUAUAAAUAACUUUGAUGUUUGAGGCCAAACUCAACAGAAAUAAAUAAGAUUAAUUAUGU